UUUGUACAGUGGUUCUGCGCACAAAGGGCACAAAGAGAAACACCAAAAUUUUCACUAAAUUAAUUAUCAUUGCAAUUUUUGUCAAAUAUAUACGAAUUUGUACUUCUUCUUAGUCAGUUUUAGUAGCCUUUAAAUCUGUUAAAAUGUGGUCAAAACAAAAAUUAAAUACGGUUAUCACUAAAAAUUACAAGAAAAGAUAAAUGUCGAAAUUUUGUUUAACCAACGAAAAUGUUACUUCAUGCGCGAAUAGUAAAUUAGUAUUAUGACGCGCACAUCAGCCUGCACAUGUGAUAUAGUUCAGCGAGAGCAGUUCAGCUGCAACAAAAAUAACCAAAAAUUUAAAGUUCAAAUUGAUUAACAGUUAAAAAGUACAAAAUAAUAUUACAAUUUGAUACGCCAGCAAACGACUUAACAGCUGAGUGGUGUGAAAAUAGCAGCAGGUUACCUGUUGGAUCUGUCCUGAUCGCACGUAGUUAAUGUAUAGUGUAUAUAUCGUUUGUCAGUGCUCAUCGGAAAUCUGAAGAUUCAAGAGAAAUCCCAUAGUAGUAAAUCGUGAGUUGCAGAGGGCGGGUGUUCUCGAUAAUGCACGGGAAUAAGCAUUGUGGGUCUGUCUGUGGUGAUGUUGAGUGUCAAUUUAUGAAAUUCUCGUGUUGAGGGCAAACCGCAAAGCGGUGCCUGAAACCCUGAAACCGGGGCAGUUCGUAUGGCUCGAGGCUUGGAAAUAUGGCCACUGUUUUCGAGAGUCCGUUCCUUUCAAAUAGGUUGCGCCAAAUUGAGGAGCGAUAUGAGGAACCCACGACUUUUGGCAGAUGUGAUUGCACAAGUUAUAGUUAUUUGGCACUGAGUGUGGUCCUUUUCACGGUCGGAACAGCCAUCACAAUUCUGGCUCUCGGGGAUGUGGCUGAAGGACAUGUUUUCUCCAACUUCGGACACAUGUGGCUCGUCGGCCCAAUUUUUAUUUGCUCUGGGCUGAUGGUAGCUGUCAAAUGCAUGCUCUACCUCAGAAGGAAGUCUGUGAUUCAAAUGAUUUUCCAUCAGAGACAAUUGUUCAGACAUUUACAGGAAUUAGCUGGUGCCCAAGGGAUCAGCGGAUCUGGUUCAGGUACUCCUGGCCCACCUUCAUAUGAUGUAAUUGUUCAAGGUCAAGGACCUAGCGACCUACCACCCCCUUCUUAUGCAGAAGCUAUUGCUUUAUUACAACAGGCCAGUGUUCAUGAUGCGAAACCUGACAGUGGAGCAGCACCGUGCUACAUGGACGAAGUGGGUGAGACCACGAGAAUCAAGCCCUAAACAGCGGAAAAUGUUUGUUUUUUUUUUAAAUUCUGUAAACAUACUUUUCUCAUUUAAAAAUUCUGCUUUACAUCAUAUCCGAAGUUAAUAUCAGACAAAUUAAAUCGCCUCGGCUAGAAUAAGUGAAAAGAUCCAAAUAAUACACAAAAUGACGAAACCGUUUCAUUUUGUGAUGAAAGAUUAGUUAGUACAAACGAAACAGAUUGUAACGGGUAAAGUUUUUUUUUCUAAAAACCGCUUUUUACUUGAUGUUUAAGAUAAGCACAAAUACGAAUUUCAGUAACAAACAGGUUAAAGAUUUAUAUAUUGCAUUUUACCGAUCGUAUUGAUCAAACAGAACGGUCAUCUUAAAAAGGUACU